AUGUAAAAUCAGCAAAAAUUGACUCGCGUCGAAAACGUGAAUAAUAUCUUCUCGAAAAACAGUAAUUAAGAUGUUGAUAAGCAUUAUUUAAUGAAUGAUGAAAAUUCAUAAUAAUUCGCAAAUAGACGCUCAACUGAUAUAAGAUUAUUAGAAACACUCAACAAAAUGUAAUAAAAAUAAAUAAGAUAAUUGUAUCUGGACAUAGGUCCUAUUUAUGAUAUUGAUGAAUAGUAUGAGACUCAAAAUUUAGAAGAUGGUAGUUGUUAUUUUGGUCAUUUGGAGAAUGAAUAGAAGAGUGGAACAGGGAUUAUGGUUUGGUCUGAUGUAGGAAAUAUACUAGAUGGGUAAAAGAUAAUAAUUUAUAAAAAAUAGAUUUUGGGUGAAUAAUGAGCUAAAUGGAUUUUGUAGAAUGAUUUACUCAAAUGGAGAUAUGUAAAAAGUUAAUUGAUGGGUUUAGUUUCUAAUGUAAUUUUAAAUUUGGGAAGGCUAAUGGAUUUGGAUCGUUCUAGAGUAAGGUUAAAGUUGUAAAAGGUAAAUUAUUAUAUCAAUUUAGGAUUUUGGACAAACAAUGUACUAAAUGGAGAGGGAUAAGAAAUAAGAAGCGAUGGAUAAAAGUAUUUUGGGUAGUUUAAGGAUGGAUAGAAAAAUGGAAAAGGGAUUAUUUUUUAUAAGGAUGGAUGCAAGUAAGUAUAAAUUAUAUCUUUAGGUAUGAAGGAGAGAUUAGUAGGAAUAAAAUAAGUGGAAGGGGCAUAUUGGUUUGGAAUGAUUCGAGUUAUUAUGAAGGGGAAUUUCGGAAUGGGAUAAUAAAUGGCAGUGGGGUUUACGUUAGUGGAAAUGGAAAGAGUUUGAGUGGAUAUGUAUGUUUGAAUGAUUAUGAGGUUAUAGUUCGAAGAAAUUAGUAUUAAGGAUAGAAUUCAGAGAAUUUAAUGUAUAAAUAAUAAUGGUUCUGAAAAAUUGAUCGAGAAAAUAAGAUAAUUAUGA